AUGCUCUCGUCAGUUCGCGCAGGCGCGCGUCGCCUUCCUCGCUAUGCUGGCAAGCUGCAGGUUGUACGACCCAUGGCGACAGCCUCGUCAGUAUUCCACAACGAGCCUCCGAAGCCGGCCGUCCAGACAGCGAUCCCUGGGCCGCGAUCCAAGGCCGCGCUGGAAAAGCUGGAAAAAGUAUUUGAUACGAGGAGCAUGAACUUUGUGGUCGACUAUGACAAGUGCCAUGGAAAUUACAUCGUCGACCAUGACGGGAAUGUGCUCCUGGAUGCAUUCGCCCAAAUCGCGUCCAUCCCUCUAGGCUAUAACAACCCCCGCCUGCUCGAAAUCGCAGACAGCCCUCAGAUGAAGAGCGCCAUUGUCAAUCGUCCUGCUAUUGGCGCCUUUCCCUCAUCCGAGUGGGCAGACGUUUUGGAAACGGGCCUGCUGAAAGCUGCUCCCAAGGGUUUCAGUCAGGUGCUUACCUCCAUGACUGGCUCUGACGCCAACGAGCUGGCGUUCAAGGCUGCCUUUAUCUGGCGGCGCACGCAGGAGCGUGACGGCGCCGAGUUUACGCCGGAGGAGCUCUCCUCCGUCAUGAAGAACCAGGAGCCUGGCGCGCCCAAGUACUCGAUCCUCUCUUUUGAAGGUGGCUUCCACGGCCGGCUGUUUGGCAGCCUGAGCACCACGCGCAGCAAGGCCAUUCACAAGCUCGACAUUCCCGCCUUUGACUGGCCGGCGGCGCCGUUUCCGAAGCUCCAAUACCCGCUCGAGGACCACGCUGCCGCCAACGCUGCCGAAGAAGAGCGGUGUCUCACCGAGACGGAGCGCCUGCUAGCCAGCUGGCCGCAGCCAGUCGCCGCGCUCAUUGUCGAACCGAUCCAGUCCGAGGGCGGCGACAACCACGCAUCGCCGGCCUUUUUCCGGCGCCUGCGCGAGAUCACGGCCGCCCGCGGGGUGCUGAUGAUUGUAGACGAGGUGCAGACUGGCAUCGGCGCGACGGGCAGAUUCUGGGCGCACGAGCAUUGGGACCUGCCCACGCCGCCUGACAUGGUGACGUUUUCGAAGAAGGCGCAGGCCGCCGGAUUCUACUACCGAGACGACGCGCUGCGGCCGGACAAGCCAUACCGCCAGUACAACACCUGGAUGGGCGACCCGGCACGCGCGCUGCUCUUCCGCGGCAUCCAUGAUGAGGUGGUGCGGCUGGGGCUUGUCGAGCGCACGGCCAAGGUCGGCCGGUACCUGUAUGGCAAGCUCGAGGCGCUGGCGGCCAGGUACCCCGGAGAGGUGCAGAACCUGCGCGGCAAGGACCGCGGCACGUUCAUUGCGUUUGAUAGCCCGCGCAGGGAGCAGGUGCUGGCCAAGGCCAAGGCCGGCGGCUUGAAUAUCGGCGCGAGCGGUGACAGGGCAAUUCGCCUGCGGCCCAUGCUCGUGUUUGAGGAGAAGCACGCCGACAUCUUGAUCGACAUCUUGGAGACUGCUAUCAAGCAAUGA